AUGCCGGCCAUCUUCUCGUUCCGGCGAAUACUCGGCAUAUUCGAUUCGUGUUGCGCAUUUGAGGACUGUAGGCAGGAUGCCAACGAGUUUGAGAUCGAAGAGCAGCACUUUAGAGACCGUCUACGGAGCUCCGUCAACGUCAUGGUCUUGCUAGAGGUUGGUACACGGCGAAAUGGUUGUAUGUGUUGGCAGGAUGGCAGCAAACUGUCGUGUACGCUCCAUGUGAACUGCGAUCAAGAGAUUAUUCGCAUUGCGUGUGAGGACCAGAUUCGCGAAAUGAAGUUCGAUGCCAUCAAGAAGCUUCUACACACCAGGGAGGAGCUCGGCCGAGUACAGACCGAAGGCCCGUGCCUGAACUUCAGCACCUCAGUGGCGUUGCAUCUCUCAGAAAAUGGGAAUUGCAUACCGCUCACGUUCAAUAAUAUUCAGGAAAAGCGCCUGUUUCUCAACAUCCUGCGCCCGUUCAUCGAGGUAUAG